GGGGAAGAGGCGGGGAGGGGACAGGCUGCAGCCCAGGCAGUUACACGCUUUCCCUCCAGGAGCCUCUGUCCUCAUCGCGGGCUUGGGAUCCGAGACCGAGGGGCGGCCAUGGCCAGGCUGGCGCUGCGUCCUGUGCCCAGCAACGGGCUGCUGAUGCUGCUGGUGCUUCUGUCAGGUGAGCCUGUGUUCGCAGGACCUAAGGACGCGCCUCGGAAUUCCCAAGGAGGCAUUUGCUCCUCGAUCUGGCAGUCCCCCCGUUUCAUGGCCAGGAAACGGAACAGCAACGUGAACAUCGUCUGCUUCCUGGAGGUCACGGGCAACGUGAGCUGGCUCUGGAAACAGGAUAUGGACUCGGAGCCUAAGAAUCUGCCCGCGAAGCCGGAACACUUCAAUCAGACCCAGGGCCCGUCCAACGCCACCCUCACCAUUAAAAACAUCGGGUCCGAGUUCAACGGCAUCUACUUCUGUCGGCACACACGUGCGGACGGGGUCCAGGAGGAUGGCGGCGGCAGCGAGCUCCGAGUCAUGGGGUUCAGCUCCUUGAACCAGCUGAAGCGGCGGAACACACUGAAAGACGGCAUCAUCAUGAUCCAGACCCUGCUCAUCAUCCUCUUCAUCACCGUGCCCAUCUUCCUGCUGCUGGACAAGGAUGACAGUAAGGCCGGGAUGGAGGAAGACCACACCUACGAGGGCCUGAACAUUGACCAGACGGCCACCUACGAGGACAUAGUGACUCUGCGGACGGGGGAGGUGAAGUGGUCGGUGGGUGAGCACCCAGGCCAGGAGUGAGGCCAGCCCUCCCCAGGCCCCUGGGCACAGCCCCUUGGCCUCACUGACUGCCUCAGAGCCGCCCGGCUCCCAGUCCAUCCCCUUUCCCUUGGACCCCCUGUUGGCCUCCCGAGCCGGCCCACCAGAUCUGCCUGCCCCUCCGGCCCCCGGCCCCCGGCUCUCGCCAAAGGGACUGGAGUGGAAGGGCCACAGGUCAGUGACUUGCAGCAGGGAGUUCUCUGGUGACAGACUGGGCCCAGCUUCCUCGGGGUGCUAUGCGGGGACCCACCUGCGCUGAGGACAGGGAAGGCGUGGACUGGUCCGGACCCUGCACAUGGACUCAGAGCAGAGAGCUUCCUAGGAAGCCUGGGAAGGGCCCUGGCCCACCCCGACUUGGCCACGGAUGGGCCACCGAGGCUUCAUCCCUCUCCUGCUCUCUGCCGCCCCUCCCACCCCGGGGCUCCCAGCCUCGAGCCUGUUCUCCCACGGAAUAAACAGCGUGUCUUACGAAACCA